UAAAAAAAAAAAAAAAAAAAAAAAAACAUUCUAAAUAUGACAGUUCACUGUGAAGACACACUAUCAGACACCGUGAAUAAUGGAUUUAGAGGCUAUUUAUGAAAAUGUUGAACGCAGAGAUAUUCAGAAAACAACUGGUCCUCAAACUCAGAGUCAAAGCCAAGAUGAAGGAAAAGAUCUAAAGCACAGAGGAAGUAGAUGUUUGGUGUUGAUCACAGUGGGUCUCGGGCUCAUUUGUGUUCUUCUGCUGGUCUUCAUCAUACUGCAGCACAACACCAUCACAGCAGAGAGAGACCUGAUCAAGAGUUACAAGAACACAGCUGAAGAGUUCAAUCAAACCAUCAACAGUUUACAGGACAAUUACACUGAUCUAAUGACUGAAAAACACCAACUGCAGAACAACUUCAACUCUUUGACUCAGAAGAACCUGGAGCUGGAGACCAAAGUCAAUAAUCUCACUGCUGAGAAAGACCAGUUACAGAGAGAUUUUAAAUCUCUGAAUGAGAAGAAUGUUUCAGGUUGGUUUUUCAUGUCCACUGAGUUGAAGAACUGGUCUGACAGCAGACAGUACUGCAGGGAGCGUGGAGCUGAUCUGGUCAUUAUCAACACUGAAGAGAAGCAGAGACACAUAUCUUCAUUCACCAAGGAGAGAGUGUGGAUUGGUUUGUCUGACAGAGAGAACGAGGGCAUCAUGAAAUGGGUGGAUAAUUCCCCUCUGAAACAAGGGUUUUGGCUCAAAGGUGAGCCGAAUGACCAAAAUGCAAAUGAGGACUGUAUUGAACUGAUGCCUUCAAAUCCGGUCCUGAACAACUGGAAUGAUCUGCCAUGUUCAGCGAAGAGAAACGUUUUUUGUGAGAAAUAGGGUUCAUCCCAUCUUGUUGUGGUUUUGCUUCUUUAUAUAAUAGAGUCAUUCUUAUUGCAAAUUCAUAAUUUUUGAUUGAGGUCCCUGUCUUCAAAAAACUGUCAGUUGAUAUGAUUUUUUUUUUAGAAGGAAAAUGCAAAAUUAAUAUUAUUUUCUUAACGCUUUAAUAAUCUUCUGUUUCUCGUGGCAUGUAUCAGGGUGAUAUGAGACACCAGACCUCUGAUGUGUUCAUGUUUUGCUCCAUCACAAGCAGCUCUGUAUUAAUAUAAUCUUAUUCUAGCUGUUAUCAUGAGUCUCAUUUGUUUCUCUGAAGUGUUGAGGAGACAAUCACAGUAGAAGUCUAAAGUGUAUUGAGUGUAUGCUGAGUGUCUGUAAAACUGCUUUUGAGUUGAAUUGCUUUCUGUUUGAACUAAAUGUUCAGUUACUAUCAUUACCAUAGUAAACCUAGCAUUUUUUUUUUUUCAUUUUAUACUUUAUGCUUGUAUAUUUGGUUUAUAGCCAGUCCAGUCCAGCAGGUCGCAGCAGAGAGCAGGUUAAUCAGACUGAAGUGAUCAGAGAGGAAGACAAACAUCAGAGUCAGACAGUUGCCUUGUCCAAAUACCCACACUUGCGGUCUUUGCACUUCAUCACUUGACUACUUAAAGUAUAUGACGUAUUUCCUGUAUUUUGUCCAAGUGUUCAAGCGAGCAAGAAGACCACAAGUGUGUGUACAACUUUUCAUUACC